GUCUUUUCUUCGUGUUACUUCGCUAGAAAUUUGAUGGACGUCACAAGGAAAAGCAAUCCCAAUAGUGAGUUGGAAGGUAUUUUCGGUAUUGAAGAACCCGCGCCACUGGCGCGCGGCUCUUUAUCUUUUGCGUCAUGCCGCGAUUGCGAAGAGGCGCAGUGCGCAGCAUGAAAGCCAGCACAUCAAGAAGUCGGCUGGAAAUACUAUGUGCGGCUGGCACGGCGGUGCCCUUCUUGUUUUCGAUAGUCACAAUUUCUACUAGCGCCGUCAAGCUUGUUCAACAGCAUGAACAUGCCAGAACAUCAAGAACUUCUGCACAACAUUCUUCCAAAAACAGCUCGUCUCAGCCACCCACCAGCCCAAACGAUUUUUCCUACCUGUAUCAUGGCCAGGAGUGGCAGGCCGGCAGCUGCAACUCUCGCGAGGGGCAGCUAUGAUCUGCUCAAACGUUACAAUCUCAAACGUUGCAAUAGAAUCUGGGAUUUGUGUUGCAUGAUGAGCAUGACAGACUCGCAGAGCGUUCCACUUUCUGCAAUACAAAUUUCGCCAGAUUCUAGUGCGGUUCGGAGCUCCGAAACUUGUCAUGCGCAAUUCUAUGAGAGUUGGCUUGAUAAUGCACUUCUUGCAACACAAAUUCCAGAUUCUAUUGUAACGUUUGAGAUUGUAGCACCUGAGCGGGUUAUAGCAGUCGCCGAUUGAUUUUGACGCGAACGCGCCAUGGAAAGAUCCCGUGGACAGAGCAGCGUAUUUCGCGAGCACCCCGAACCGGCAGAUCUUCCUGCAGUACGAAUCCGCGACGCUUGAGGACCAGCAGCAGAGACUGGUCGUGCAGAACAACGGGCACGGGAUCUCCGUGAAGUUUUCUGGCAACGGGUUGGGUGGGGUCAGCUACGAGAACAUCUUCUACAACUUGGUUACCGCGAAUCUCCACAUGGACAGCGAGCACACGUUUUUCGGGAAACACUACCCGCUAGAGUUACAUUUGACGCAUAAGAGAAUUGACUCGGAGGCGCUGAUCGUUUUCGCCGUGCCGGUGAAUUUUACGACAGUGGAGGAGGAAAGUGGUGUAGUUUCUGGUCCUGCGCAGAAGUUAAAGACGUUUUUGUCGCAAGUGGCCAAGGACGCGGCAGCGGCAGUGGCGGCGGAGGUACUUGUAGAAACUUGAAAAAUGCUCCGAAAUUUCUGAUUCUGAUGAUAUUACAAUUACCGUGAGUAGCGAUGAAGGUGCUCUUGGCACUUGUACAGCAAGGUAGAUUUGGUGAAAAGAUUGUCGUGCUCUGAAUCACCUCCAAACAGAUGAAAAACGAACCACCCAGGCGGCCAAACCGGAAGCUUCGACGCUUCCGAAAGGCGAGUUCACCACCCAGUUGCUCGGGAAAGACGACGUCAUAUGAGAGUGCGCAACUCCCCAUCACCCUCAUUUGUCAUGCAAAAUCCCAAAUCCAGUCUGUUCCUCUUGGUGGCACUGUUUGCAUGACGAGUUCUGGUAGCCCAAAGAGCACUACACUCCAGUGUAAGUUUGUCAUGCAGAAACGGCAUUCUUACUGAUGUUUUUACUGCCGUUCAUGCUAUACAAAUGAGGGGGAGGGGGAGUUGUGCACUGUCAUACGUGGGUGAGGCGCUCAAUGUCGGCGACUGGUUCGCAGACAGCACCGAAUUUUUCCGCUACCACGGCUCUUUCACGGUCCCGCCCUGUAAGGAAACCGUCACCUGGUUCGUGCAGAAGAAACCGACGGUGGUUGAAAUAGUGGAGACAAAGAAGGAACCAGGCGGGAAAAGAACGACUAAAAACCCCACAGCUUCCUUUUCCGCGAUUCUGAAAGACGUGCUGUUCGGCAACACGGCGGGGAACGGGAAUUUUCGGGAAACUAUGCCCCGGAACGGACGGGAGAUCACGCUGGUCGAGGGGGUGAAGGGAAACGACGAAAAUUACAACGCGACCGCUGUCCCCUUCGCGGACCACCUGCGGGGCGUGCCGGUGGUGAGCCCGUUUGACGGGGACAAACUGGGGCAGGACGCGCUGUACGCGGGGGAUGAGGCACGGUACUCCGCGGAACUGCUCGGGAGAACGCUGCUGAAGUCGAGCGAGGAAGACAUUCAGAAUUUGAACCAGCCGAUUGGGUUGUAGGGAGGUUAGAUUUUCCUACGGAAGAUGUCGCUUGGUUGUCAUCAAUAUGUUUCUUUUUUCCAGUGUGGCUGUGAACCAAUAGCGAACAAACGACGCGAGGUGCCAGCGACAGGCUGCGUCUGCCUUGCAGAAAACUGAUUGCACUGAGCCUGAGUAGUAAGUACUUAUAUGUUGAGUAGGCGUGUGCCUGUAGGCGUUAAUUCGGGGUGGGUUGGUUGGUCGGUUGGUUGGUUAUGCAAAUGCUGAAGACGGCGGGCCGUCGCGGCUUAUGGAAAAACAUUCCUCCGGAGUCGCAGUGCGUGGUGAAUUCGACGCGCGUCUGGUUUACGUUUGGUGGUGGACGUAUUGUGGCCGAGACAUGUUCGGCAUCGCGGUGUCGCUAUUUCGCUUAUCCUGAUGUACGUGAUCCUGUCGACGACGUUCUCCUUCCCACAAUCGAAGCUGGAGAAAGUUGCGCUUUGAUAUCGGGAAUGAGAUGCACGCUACCCACCUGCCUCCCUACCUACCUACCUCGUAAUACUGGCGCUCCUCUCGUCCAUUCAUAAUCAACCGGAACAAAAAAGAGCACGCCCUCCUUCGUGGCUGAGUGGGUAGGUGGGUUGGUUGGUCGCCAUUCGACAAUGAUGCGUCCGCGUGUCCUCCAGGUGUGGGCGAUUUCCACUUGCGGGGCGCAACGGAGGCGCGUCUACACCUACCUUCCCACCCACCUGUUUCUUGAUGCGUGUGACAACGAAAAUGCGGGAGCUGGGGCAGCGCCCAGUUAGAGUGAAGUGAUGAACCACAACUGCGCAGAGACAGUCUUGGCUGCAGGCCGGCGACGCCUGGCCCGUGUGAGUGUGGUGGCCCGCAAAGGCUCCCGCGUAAACGGUUUGCUAUCGCGGGCACCGAAAUGGGUGAAAUAAUGCCCAUCCUGAUGAAAAGCGCUCCGUCCGCAAAGGGCUUUCUUUGAUCUAGCUGCCUGUGGUUCUUUUGGUUGCUCGGGAUCUAUGGGCGCGGCACGGCCACAACGCCGACCGCACCCGCGGCGCGCCACUUGAAGUCUAAAGCCCAACUGUUAUGGCAGCUUUUCGAUUUCCCCUUCCAAGUGGUCGGGGUUUUGGUUGCGAGAGAGUGAACUACAUACACUGAGGUAGGCAAUACAUCUAUGCGCGGCGUUUCUCCACCCCCGCCACAAAGCGCACUGCGUGCGCAGGCGAGGGCCAGAGAGAACGAGCUGCGACAUUUUUCUUCCUCCCGCCGAAGGAACUCGGCUUCAUCUUGUGAGAAUGAAACCAGGCGCACCAGUGAAGGCCUGACCCACCCUGAGGCAGAGGAUUUGGAUUUGUCUUUCUUUUCUCGUUGUGAUUGUGUUUGUGACACUCUCUCACAACAAAGUCAACACUGAGGAUCAAAAUCAAUUUGAAAACCAAGAACAAACUUAAGGGCCUGGGAUCGCAUUGGGUGCAAGUUUGUCUGUGUCUGGUCGAAACGCUGAACCUUUAGGGCGCGCCCUCACCCCUGCUAGGGAAGGUGGGCGUGUGGGUCGGCAUGUGUGGCCAGCAGGAAGCGCGUGCUUGCUCACCCGUGCCAAGGCAGGUGAGUCGGUAGGCGUGGCCAGCAGGCAGCGCAUGCUCACCCGUGCCAAGGUAGGUUGGUGGGCCGGGAGGUCGGUAGGCGCGCGUGGCCAAUAGGCGAGGAACGCUCGCCCCACCCCCCCCACCAGGUAGGUGGGUGGGUAGGUCGGUAGGCCUGGCCACUAAGAAACACACGCUCGCCCCACCCCCCCCACCAGGCAGGUGAGCGGGCAGGUCGGUAGGCGUGGCCAAUAGGCAGCACAUCGCCGCCCCUCCCCCACCUGGCUGGUGGGCGGGUAGGUCGGUAGGCGUGGCCAAAAGGCAACGCACGCGCGCCCCACCCCUCCCACCAGGCAGGGGGGUGGGUGGGUAGGUCGGUAAGCGUGGCCAAUAGACAACGCACGCUCGUCGGCCCCACCCUCCCACGCACCAGGCAGGUUGGUGGGUAGGUCGGUACGUAGGUGUGGCCAAUAGGCUGCGCACGCUUUCCCCCCCCCCACCGGGCAGGUGGGUGGGUAGGUCGGUAGGCGUGGCCAAUAGGCAGGGCACGCUCGCCCCAUCCCCCCACCAGGCAGGUGUGUGGGUAGGUCGGUAGGCCUGGCCACUAGGCAACGCACGCUCGCCCCACCCCCCCCAUCAAGCAGGUGGGUGGGUAGGUCGGUAGGCGUGGCCAAUAGGCAGCGCACGCUCGCCCCACCCGCCCACCAGGCUCGUGGGUGGGUAGGUCGGUAGGCGUGGCCAAUAGGCAGCACACGCUUGCCCCCCCCCCCACCAGGCAGGUGGGUGGGUAGGUCGGUAGGCGUGGCCAAUAGGCAAGGCACGCUCGCCCCAUCCCCCUACCAGGCAGGUGGGUGGGUAGGUCGGUAGGCCUGGCCACUAGGCAACGCACGCGCGCCCCACCCCCCCCAUCAAGCAGGUGGGUGGGCAGGUCGGUAGGCGUGGCCAAUAGGCAGCACACGCCUGUCCCCCCCCACCCGGCAGGUGGGGGGGUGGGCAGGUCGGUAGGCGUGGCCAAUAGGCAACGCGCGCGGGCGCGCCCCACAUCUGCCACCAGGCAGGGGGGUGGGUAGGUCGGUAGGCGUGGCCAAUAGACAGCGCACGCUCGCCCCACCCCCCCCCACCAGUCCGGUGGGCGGGUAGGCCGGUAGGUGUGGCCAAUAGGCCGCGCGCGGACGCUUGCCCCCCCCACCAGGCAGGUGGGUGGGUAGGUCGGUAGGCGUGGCCAAUAGGCAACGCAAGCUCGGCCCACCCACCCACCAGGCAGGCGGGUGGGUGGGUCGGUAGGCGUGGUCGCCGAUCUCCUCUGGGUGGAAAGGGGUAGGUAGGUAGUUGGGUCGGCGCGAACACGGUAGUACGAUCGUAAAGAGAGGUGGUAGGUGGGUAGGUAGGCAGCUUCAGCGGUGAUAGUAGACGAAUCUCAGAAAAACGUAAGACACAACGCAGCGGGUUCGGUUCCACGGAUCAUUUGCAU